AGACGAUGCGAGCAGCAGCCAUCUCCACGCCAAGGUUAGACAAAAUGCCAGGCAUGUUCCUCUCUGCUAACCCAAAGGAACUGAAAGGAAUUGAUCGUUCACUUCUAGAUGACAAAACGCAGAAAAAGAGGCCCAAGACUUUUGGAAUGGAUGUGAAAGCAUACCUGAGAUCUAUGAUCCCACAUCUGGAAUCUGGAAUGAAGCCUUCCAAGUCCAAGGACCUACUCUCUGCUGAUGAAGUGAAGCAGUGGUCUGAAUCCCUGGAAAAACUUCUUGCCAACCAAACUGGUCAAGACGUCUUUGGAAAUUUCCUGAAGUCUGAGUUCAGUGAGGAGAAUAUUGAGUUCUGGCUGGCUUGUGAAGACUAUAAAAAAACAAAGUCUGAUCAUUUGCAUUGCAAAGCAGAGAAAAUCUAUAAGGCAUUUGUGCAGUCAGAUGCUGCCAAACAAAUCAAUAUUGACUUCCGCACUCGAGAAUCUACAGCAAAGAAGAUUAAAGCACCAACACCCACGUCUUUUGACGAAGCCCAAAAAAUCAUAUAUACUCUUAUGGAAAAGGACUCAUAUCCCAGGUUCCUCAAAUCAAAUAUAUACUUAAAUCUUCUGAAUGACCUUCAGGCUAAUAGUCUAAAGUGACUGGCUCCUGGCUGGAGGGAAUUAGUGAUGGUAUCAAGUACAGAAGGAAGGCGAGAGAGUGGCUCCCUGGGGGAACACUUUGGCCUUUUUGGACAACUCACAGGCCCAAGGGAAGAACCCAUGACUCAGAACAGACUAACAUGGAAGCUAUCCAGGCUCAGGGCCGAAGACGUGUGAGGUGAACAUUUAGAGAUGGUAGAAGGAAGGAGAUGCUGUGGUACUGUCAUAAAAUAAAGUGGACCUGCGUAUUAGAACAUCCCUCAGCACUGAGAAGGCCGGGUAAUGCUCGCCACACAGAAACUGUGAAAAAAGGUUUUGAAACGCAUUAAAACAUGCUGUAAGCUUCAAGGUCAAGUGGUAUUUAUGCUGCAUAGUGUUAUACAGAGACUGGACUGAGCUGCUGAAAUUUCUUUUACUUUGAAAAGUCUGUGUUUCAGAAUCUCCAUUGCUGUUGCAGACAAAGUUUUUCAGUGUUUUUUGUUUGAUUGUUUGGGGGGCUUGAAAGAGAUAAAGAAGAGAACAAUGUAUUUAACUUAAGCUAUUGCCUUAAAGUUGGAAAGUCAGAAUAUAUUUGUAAAUUAAAUUAUCACAGUGUCAAUAAUAAAUGUGAGUUUUGUAUUAAAAAUAUAGAAACGA